AUGACCAGAGCCCUGAGAGAUGCCCAGGCCCCGAGCUACCGUGAGUGCCUCCUCCCCUCUGCCGCUCGGACCUCUUCCAUCAUCCAAGUCACACCAGCCAAGAAGAUAACCUUCUUCAAACGAGGGGACCCCCAGUUUUCAGGGGUACGGCUGGCAGUUCACCAGCGCGCCUUCAAGAGCUUCAGUGCCCUGAUGGACGAACUUUCUCAACGCGUGCCUCUCUCCUUCGGGGUGCGCUCUGUCACCACGCCCCGGGGGCUUCACUGCCUCAGCACCCUAGAACAGCUGGAAGAUGGAGGCUGCUACCUCUGUUCGGACAAGAAGCCCCCUCACACCCCCAACGGGCCUGGCAGGCAACAUGGGAAAGGCCCCACGACUCAGCCAUCGGGGGAUUUUGAAGGCCAGUAUGAGGAGCCAGGAACACCCUCUUCCCUGAAGGGCCCCAAAGCCUCAAGGAGGAUAAUGCUGGUUAAGAACACAAACCCCAGAUGCCAGCGGACAGUGCUGCUCAGUCACAGAAACACUCGGAGCCUUCCUGCCUUUCUCAGCAAAGCCUCCGAUCUUCUGCACUUUCCUGUGAAGCAGGUGUUCACCCUCAGCGGGAAAAAGGUGGAUUCUUUGCAGGGUUUGCAUCAUGGCCCCUCAGUGCUGGUGUGUGCUGGUCAUGAGUCUUUUAGACCUCUAGUAAUGGAAAAUUCUAAAAAAAAUGGGACCGAAACUGUAAUUGGCCUGACUUCAAGGAAUAAAAAUGGGAGCUGGGGACUGAAGACCAAGCAGAGCAUCAUUCACUCAAGGUCCAAAUCAGGUAACAGGUCACGACAAUUCUCCUUGAUGUCUGAGAAGUCUGAUGUCAGUGAACCCCCAGUGUCCUUGCCUCACACCUGCAUGGGAUCUGUCCUUCGUAAGCACCUUCAGGACACACAUGCCCACCUUGGUCCCUUGGUGGCUGAUGAUGACUUUGAGAAGAAGGUCCACAUGAAUGAAGAUGGCAGUCUGUCUGUGGAGAUGAAAGUUCGUUUCCACCUUCUCAGUGAGGACACUCUCUUGUGGUCCACGGGUGUCAGGAAGGCAAGCACUGUCACAACAGCCAGUGGGGGGCACCGUGUCCCUGGGGAGGUGGAUCCCCUACAUUGUGUGUGGGAGGGCAACCCUGGAGACUUCUCAGAUCAUGGAGCACUGGGGCAGAGGUCCUAUGUGUCCAGAGGUGAAAAGGGUGCUGAAGGGCACUCUUCUUCACUUUCUUCUUGUGCCUCAGCCCAGAGGAGGAAGAAAAAGCAGAAGCGCCAAGCCAGUACUGUGCCCUCACCCAACACUUCUGACUCUGGCAACAUUUCCCAGAGAAGCCACCAAAUACAGCACCACCAAAGAGACACCCACUACCCAUUAGACUCACCAUACCCACUGGGGAGCAGCAGUGCUACCUUCACACCUGUCAGUAAUUCCGAGCCACACAAAACAGACUGUGCUUCUUCUUUCUACCCCUCACACUUCACAUCUGCUGAGACUGAAGAGGACCCUGAGACCAAGGGGAAGAUUGCUGGUGAAGAAGAGAGCCUCAAGGAGCAAGGUGACGAUGAUGUCAUGAUGCCCAGUGCUCUUCCCCACCUCUCACCAGAAGCUGUAAUAUGUGACUGGCUGAGCCACAUCCCAGAAGAACCCAUACUCAUGAAAUAUGAGAUGAUGGAUGAGAACUCCAGUGCAACUAUGGAUGGCUCAGAAGACACCCAGGAAGACCCACCUGACAAGCACUCUCUGAAAGGUCACGAGAAGUUGCCUAAAGUCAGGGAACAGCCCCUGGAAGGGAAAACCAAUGUGACACCAAGAUUAGAUGUACCUUUAGGGACUGAAGUUGCUAGUCCCAAACCAGAAGAGACUUCCUCCCAUAGAGGAGCUUCCAGAGGUGUUUCAGAUGCUCAUGAGGAGGCCAGAGCCAGCAAGAGAACCACUGUGAACCUUGCUGUGCAUGAGAAUGUCCUGCCUAACCAGAUCCCUCCCUCUAUACACAUCAUGAAAACCCUGAUCAGCUCCAAACAGGACCGGCCCAGCAGUAUGCCCGAAGUGUCCGAUGUGGUAGGGAGGAGGCUCAGCCACUCUGCCAGUGACCUAGUUACCUGCCUUGCCAGGCUCCACUUCUUUGAUGAAGACCAUGGGUCUCCUGUCAGCAAAGUGAGGUUCACAGACUCCCCUCGUUUUCAGGAGCUCCUGGCUACCUUCCAGUCUCUGUGGCCACAACAUGACAAGCUGGACUUAGGUCUCCAAAAACCUAAGUCAGACCAGACUCUGCCAGGCUCCACUCACCCUGUGACCGAGGACUUUACUCCCACGUCCUCCUCAGGAGUGGACGUCAGCAGUGGUUCUGCAGGUUCUGGGGAAGGCAACGUGCCUUGCCCUGUGGACUGUGCCCUGGCUACUGAGAGGAUAGAGGUGCCCUUGGAAAUGGUGACAAGCAUUGUUUCCCCUCAGAAACCUGACUCUAGCACCUCAGAAAACCCAGAGGAUCUGAGAAACCAACACCAGAACUGUUCCAAUGCCUCCUCACACUCCCAAGACUGGGCUUGUACCACACGUCAGGAUGAAACAGGAGAAGACAACAAGGAGGUGAGCAAUAGUUUAGAACAAGAAGUUGAAAACAUGAUGCAGGAAGAUGAGGUACAAGAAGAGAAAACACAAGAAGAAAUAGAUAAAGAGUGGAAAAACAAGCAUAGUAAGGAAGAAGAGUUUCCAAAAGAGGAAAGAGUCGAUGAACAAGAAUUGCCAGAGGAUGGCAUUCAGGAUGGGGAGGGCACACCAGAAGGCACUAGAAUGCAGAAAGAGGAAGCAGAAAGAGACCCUGACUUGGUAGACCCAUGUUCUCCAGGACUGAGGGGUAGAACAAUAGGGCCCUCAGACAGCUCCAGUGAACGUGACUCCUGUUUCCUUGAGCAUGCAAGGGGCCCCACCUUUGAGACUGCUUUGGAAAAGUCAUCCAGAAGUGCUGACAUGGUCAGUGAGCAAACCCAGGUCAAUUUCCUUCAAGGGAUGGAGGAGAAGAACAGCUCCAUGGUCCACAGAGCGUCCCUGGAUCCUGAUCCCAUCUGGGUGUUCAAUUUGCUGAAGAAGAUGGAGAGGACUUUCAUGAUGCACUUUGUCAGCGCCACAACCGCACUCCGAGCCCGCUGGGGUCUGCAGAACCAUGACCUGCUGGACCAGAUGGUGGCAGAGCUGCAUGAGGAUGUGAGCCGACGUCUGCAGGACAGCGUCAAGCAGGAGUUGGGAAAGAUCCAGAGCCGAGCAGCCAGGAAGGAGCCUCGGCCACCAAGAGAAGCGAUGCGCAGGGAGACAUCACUACAGACGGAGCAGCGACGCAGGCGCCUCCAGGGCUUGCACAACCUCUCCGCCUUCACUCAGCAGACUCGAGUCCAGGGGCUUCUCUCCCUUACCCUGGAGGACGAACUAUCCAGCUUUGGAGUCCCAGGGAUGGAGCUGGGUGGGAAUGCUGGGGGGGAGGAGUUUUGUCCCUGCAAGGCCUGUGUGAAGAAGAAAGUUAGCCCCACAUCUACUAGGGUCACAGCGGGAGCAGGGAGCGCCCCCAUUGAAAAGACCUAUGACUUGUGGCAAAUUCUAAGGAAGAAGAAGGAAAGUUGCACUACUAGUAGGGAGACAGCAGAGCAGGCUCCUGGAGAGGCAGGAAUAGGAUUGCUUCAGGAGCAUCCCUCAAGGACUGGAAGUGUCCAAGGAGCUGAUAGAGGGGUGGAGCCAGGAGUAGGCUCUAGUUCUGGGGUGCAGGAGGGACAAGAGGAUGAGGGAAACCAGAAACUUAGUGGAGUUGAAGAUGCAACACUAGAGGAGGCAGAGGGGCCUAGUGGAGUUGAAGAUGCUGAACCAAGGAAGGAAAAGGGGGCUGGUGGAAUUGAGGAAGCUGAACCAGGGGAGGCAGAGGGACAUGGUGGAGUUGAAGAAGCUGAACCAGGGGAGGCAGAGGGACUUGGUGGAGUUGAAGAAGCUGAACCAGGGGAGGCAGAGGGACUUGGUGGAGUUAAAGAAGCUGAACCAGGGGAGGCAGAGGGGCCUAGUGGAUUUGACGAUGCCCAGUUAGGGGAGGCAGAGGGGCCUGGUGGAGUUGAAGAUGCCCAGUUAGGGGAGGCAGAGGGGCCUGUUGAAGAAGCUGAAGCAGGAGAGACAGAGGGGCCUGGUGGAGUUGAAGAAGCUGAAGCAAGAGAGACAGAGGGGCCUGGUGGAGUUGAAGAUGCCAAACCAGGGGAGGCAGAGGGGCCAGGUGGAGUUGAAGAAGCUGAAGCAGGGGAGGCAGAGGGGCCUGGCGGAGUUGAAGAUGCCCAGUUAGGGGAGGUAGAGGGGCCUGGUGGAGUUGAAGAAGCUGAAGCAAGGGAGACAGAGGGGCCUGGCGGAGUUGAAGAAGCUGAAGCAGGGGAGGUAGAGGGGCCUGGUGGGAUUGCAGAUGCUCAACUAGGAGAGGUGGAGGGGGCCGAUUACCAGGAGGUAGGAAAAGACUCAGAGGCUCAGAAGAGACAAGGGAAAACAGAUACUGAGAGUGAGAAUGACCUGGAGGAAGAAGAAUCCAAGGAGCAGGGUGUGAAUGAGAAGGAAGAAAACAUCACUGAGGGGUCUGAGGAUGAGGAUUCUUUGAAAGAUGAGACCUCAGGAAGAGAUGACCAAGAACCAGGAGGAGAGGGUGAUGGUGCAGAUGCUAUGAAGGCCCAGGAAGCUGACAGAAAUGGACAGACCGAGUCAGAGAGUUACAAAGACAAUAAGCCUCCAUUUAGCCCAAGAGAAGUCUCUGAAAACCAUAACUCAGAACAAGAGGAGAGGCCUGCAUCUUCCCCUGGCCUGAGUGAAGACACCACUCACCAAAAGCCAGCUCCCAAAACAGUCACCUCCUACUCCAUUAUGUCAUCUCUAGGAAACUGCUCCCAGGUCUCACAGAAAGGCUCAGAAGAAGAGCAGGUCGAUGGAGAUACAAAAAGCAUUGCAGAUGAGCCCAUUGGAGUCACUCAUCCAGAGAGCAAAGUCACUGGGAUGUACCCAGAGAGCUCCUCCUCUGAGCAAGAAGGAGCCUGGUCAGACACAGACACUCCCGACAAGAAGGCAGAUGAAGAUCCGGACUUAGACAAGAAUCCAGUUAAAAGCCUUAACUUUACCAAGAUGACAGGUGAAGCAGAUGGAGUCUUGGGCUUGAAGGUCAGAGCUGAGACCAUUUUUGAGGCAGUCCUGUCCCCGUUCCAGUUAUCAGCAUCCUACACGCUGCAGCGGCUGCACAGGAAAGCAAUGCUGCUGCCGCCGCCGCCGUGGCCGCCGGGGCCCAGGUGUCCUGCGGAAAGGCGCGCAGGAACAAUUGGGUGGGCGGCCGGGAGCGAGGAGUCGGUCGGCGGCCACGGUGGAGGGCAGCGGCGGGCACACGCCCCGAGGGCCCGGCCUCAGGUCUCCUCCUUCCCCGCCUGUGACAUGGGCGAACUUCAAUCUCUCCCUAUCUGUUAG